AUGCCCUCGAUUACCGCGACUCGCCCUGAAGGCUCCAAUGGAUUAGCCUUAGAAGCCUGGGGACAGGGACUGAUGGUGGGCUCCCUGAUUGUGAUGAUCGCGGUCACUGUGGCCAACAUGAAGGUGAAUGUCCUGCUCCAUAAGCUGAUUGCUGCUGAGCUGGUCCUCGCUAUCGCUCACGGAACGUUUAUCUUCGUACAACCUCCGACCUAUGGCUGGUAUCUAUCAAUUACAGCUAUCGGCCUCAAUACAUCCUGGUCCCUACACAACUUGAUCGCCUGGCUGAAGAUUCGGCCUUUUCUCAGAAGAAAGCCGCGGGCAAACAAAUUCUACUUGAUUAGUCUAUUCGCGGCUCAGCCAUAUUGGAUUGUUGAGAUCUAUGCCAACUUUGCCUUCUUUAAUCAUGGUGACACAUUGUUUCUGAGGACCCGGCCUCUUGAGCCUCUGUUUCGAGACCCAUGGUGGAUCUUCACAUCUUGUUACCUAGUAAGCAGGAUCCGCCACGCAUAUUCACGUUCUUUAUGGGAAAUCGUGCGGGAUAGCCCCCGAUUUGGUGGUAUGAUCUUUUUCUUGGCUCUCUCCAUCUGCUUCACUAUUGUGGAUACGUGUGCGGUUUCCGGCGCGUUCCAUCUCAACCUCCCUCUGGGAAUCGAGCCAUUCUGGAAGUUGGCAUUUGUUUUCAAGUGCUUAAGUGACACAAUCAUCUUGGAUGAUUUUGGGAGUGCACUAGACCGUGUACGACGCCGCACCAACCCGCAGGAUCUUGAACUACGUUCUUUCGAUGCAGAAAGCUCGCCGCAUCGCGUAUUGGUACAACGGCCUGCACCUGUGCUCGAACCUGAAAGAAGUGGGUGGUACCGCUAG